AUGGCGCCUCUGUGGUUUUGGAGCAACCUGCUUUUUGGAUUCUUUUUGUCCGCACUCUGUCAGGACUCUUUUGACGCUCCACAACUGCACCAUGACGAGGAUGUUUCUCCCCAGAUGCCCCUGCCGCGGACCAACGGCUCCCCUCACAGUGUGGCCCAACGGCGGCAGCAGCAGCAGCAGCAGCAGCAGCAGCAGCAGCAGGAGAGGGAGCUGGUGAACACUGUCAGAGUGAACUGCCAGCCAGACUCUGUGGAAAUCAUCGUGAGUGCUGAUCUGUUUGCAGUCGGAGCUCCAGUCGCCAGCCAUGAGUUGCAGCUUGGAGUUGAGCCCAAUGACCUCUGUAGAGCUGUACCCUUGUCAGAAGAUGAGUACCACAUCCAUGUUGCCAUGGACGACUGCGGCUCCAAACACUGGAUGGCAGAAGAUGUUCUGGUCUACACAAACCUCCUCAUGUACACACCUACUCCCUCUCCCAGUGGAAUAAUUCACAUGGAUGAGGCCGUAAUUCCAGUCGAGUGUCAUUAUGAAAGGAAGAACAGUCUGUCCAGUUCCUCACUGACGCCAACCUGGAUCCCAUUCAAAUCUACCCAAACUGCAGUGGAAACCCUCAACUUCAACUUGAUGGUCAUGACAAAUGACUGGCUGUAUGAAAGGGGAGCCAAUGUGUUUUACCUCGGUGAACCGAUCAACAUUGAGGCGUCCGUCAGAAUUGGCCAUCACAUGGGGCUCAGGGUGUUCCUGAGCAGCUGUGUGGCCACACUUACACCGGACAUGCACUCUGAUCCCAAAUACCUCUUUAUUGAAAAUGGGUGCUUGGUGGACUCUCAGCUUCCAGGAUCAAAGGCCCACUUCCUGCCCAGAACACAUGAUGAGAAGCUGCAGAUGGUCAUUGACUCCUUUAAAUUCCACAACGAUGACAGAGGAGAGCUGUACAUCACAUGCCACUUGAGUGCUGUGCCAGUGACUGACGCCGAAGCAACAGACAAGGCCUGCACCUUCAUGAAUGGAAGGUGGCGCUCGGCUGACGGUAACGACUACCUGUGUGGCUACUGCAAAAACCAAAAUGAGGUUGGCCAGGUCUUCAGCAAGUCCAGCCUCACUGGCCCAUAUGGCCCUCGUGCCUUCAAAGACUCUGAACCCAUGUGGAGAAGUGCACUGAAGACUAACCAGGCAUGGGACCAUGAAGCCAGACUGGGCCCACUGACUGUCUUGCCAGCAAGGAAAAGUGGACCAGUACCUGCAGAAGAGAUUCCUCUGAUGCUGGGAAAAAUCUACAAACCAGCACUGUAUGGCAGUCACUGGAGAAGUGGAAUAUCCAAGUUCGAACCGUACUUGACAAUAAGAUGUCUUGCAGCUCUGGAGAAGGGACUGAUCACUGACAAUGACUCCACAUCUGACCUGGAAGAAGAAGAUGAUGCUGCAUCUCAAACUGACCUGAUCCCUGACUCUGGUUCGAUAUCUCUGGAGAGCAACACCACAGUGGCCCCCAGUGUCAUCAGCACCACCAUCCAGCCUGACGUGGCCACUCAUCUGACAAAUUCAACUGCUGCUGAAUCUGACUUUUCAGACAAAACUGACCCAAAGAGAAAAUGA